UCGCACGUGUGAAUGUUGACGUUAUGAGUUUACUAUCUUCCAGUUCGUGUUAACUGUUUUGUACAAGAUUCAUAGUAAACAUUAUUUAUAUAUAUACAUUUAUAAUCAUGUUCGUGAACACAUUGUAGUAUAAAGCAAAAAAGAAGAUGGAUGAAAAACAAGAUAACAAGAAAGCUCAUCGGAAACGCCAUGCAGGGCCAAAGGCAGAAAAGAAGAAAGCCAAAAGUGAUCAUAAACAGGACCUUGACCCCAGGCAGAGAAACCCACGUGCUUUCUCAAUACAGCAUGUUAAGAAAACUCAGAAGAUUGUGCAGAGAACACAAGAUUUAAAGACAAAGAAGCAGCACAUUCCUAUUGUUGAUCGUACACCACAAGAACCACCGCCAGUCAUAGUAGCUGUGGUGGGGCCCCCAAAAGUUGGUAAAACCACUCUCCUACGCUGUGUUGUGAAGAAUUUCACCAAGCAACGCCUCACUAGAAUUCAGGGGCCAGUAACUGUGGUGUCUGGAAAGCAGCGUCGACUUACUCUCAUUGAAUGCAAUAAUGACAUCAGCUCGAUGAUUGAUAUAGCCAAAAUUGCUGAUUUGGUGUUGCUGCUAGUUGAUGCAAGUUUUGGUUUUGAAAUGGAGACCUUCGAAUUCCUGAACAUCUGUCAAGUGCAUGGCUUUCCCCGCAUCAUGGGCGUGCUGACUCAUCUGGAUACGUUCAAAGACAGCAAGCGGCUUCGCAAGGCCAAGAAGAGGCUCAAACACAGGUUCUGGACAGAGGUGUAUCAGGGUGCCAAGUUAUUCUACCUUUCUGGAAUGGUGAACGGAGAGUAUCAGAAGAUGGAGGUGCACAACCUAUGCCGGUUCAUCUCUGUCAUGAAGUUCAGACCUCUCGUCUGGAGGACCACACAUCCAUAUAUCCUUGCUGAUAGAAUGGAAGACAUCACAGACCCAGAAAAAGUGCGUAAGCAGAGCAAAUGUGAUCGCAAUGUUUCAAUAUUUGGAUAUGUACAUGGGACUCACAUGAAGAACAACAUUAAUGUGCAUAUCCCGGGCUGUGGUGACUUCACCAUCCACGACAUGAACUUCCUGUCAGAUCCAUGCCCCACACCUGACAGGGAGAAACGACGCACACUGAAUGAUCGGGAACGCACGAUAUAUGCCCCCAUGUCUGGUGUGGGAGGUAUAGUGUACGACAAAGAUGCUGUGUACAUUGACCUUGGAGGCAGUCAUUCGCAUCAUGAGCAGAUCAAACAGGAUGAAGCUGAGGCUGAGCCUAUCAAUGAGCUGGUAUCCAACCUGAUGUCUAUCAGCAGCCCCAUGGAUGAGAAGAUUACACACAGUGAGGUGGCGCUCUACUCUCAGGGCAUCAAGCAAACCGUUCAGGAGUCAAUAGACAAAGAAUCUGAGGAUGUUCCCGCUGAAAAUGGCAGAGUGAGACGGAGGGCUGUCUUCAAAGAUGAAACCUAUGAAGAUGAUGAUGAUGACUCUGAUAACGACUCUGAUUAUGACGUUAGCAGUGAAGAAGAGGACAAAAACAUUCAGAUUGGAAAAUUCAAGCAGAAUAAGAAGAAAUCUCCAAAGACAGACAAAGGAAUGGAUGGAAUAGAGUUUGCUGACACUGAUGACGAAAUAACAUCUACAGCAACUGAUAGAAGGAUUAAAACUCUGGUUAAGACAAAAACAAGCACUGGUAAUAAAAUUGGCAAAAUAAGUGAUGAUGAAGAUGAUGAUUAUGAUGAUGAUGAUGAUGAUGAGGAGGAGGAGGAGGAGGAGGAGGAGGAGGGUUAUGACAGUGAUGGUGUGGACGAGGAUUCUGAUAUCAGUAGUGUAUAUAAUAGUGAUGAAGAGGAGGAACACGAGGAAAACAAUAUGAAUGUAAAGAGAACAUUUGCAGGUAAAAAAGAGCUUGGCAAGAGUCCUAGUGCCAAAGUAGCAGAUGAUAUUGACACUGAUGAAGAAGUAACUUUUAACUUAAAAGAAAAGGUAACUGAUGAUCAUAAAACAGUUAUUUCUACUAAAUUAAAAAAGAGCAAAAGUAAACUUUCAGAUAAAACCAUGUCAGGUGAAUUAAACAGGGACAUGCCUAGUAAACAAAAAAAGCUUGAUGAAGUAGUGAAAGGUCAGCAGGUAGAAUCUGAUAGUGACAGUUCUGCAAGUGAAAAUGACUCAGAGAGUGACUCAGAACAGGAUGUUGGGGUAACAGUGGAGGAAAAUGUGACAAAGGAUGACAAAACUGACAAUAACUCUGCUUUACGACAAAAGCUGAUGCAGUUGUCGCAGGAAUCAUGGACAGAGGAGAGUCGGAGGAUAGAGUUCCAGCGUCAGGACGAGGAUGAGGGGGUAGACGAACUGGAGAAGGCAAUCAGGGGAGACCACUCUCGCAAAACUGUGGAAGAGGCAGACAUGGAAGUGGAACUUGACGGUUCCCUGCAUUGGAAACACGACCUCGCAUCCCAGGCCGCGGCCAACUUCAGACAGAGGCAGGCUGACAGGGUCAAUUACAGGAAACUCAUCUACGGAAAAGAUGAAGGUGAUGCUGAUGAUGGCAGUAAAGAGCAGGUGGAGGACGAGAUUGGGGGACUGUUCCGCGUGUUGAAGCAGAAGUCCGAGGCCCGGUCCUUGGAUCGGCUUGCCAUCAACUCUACGGACUGCACCAAGUGUCACAUGCACACUGCCUCCUUGGAUACCGUGGAACAGCUGCGUGCAAUGAUAGUUGACUGCUUUGUGACUGGCAAAUGGGAAGAAAGCAAGGAUGCAGAAUCUCAGCUGCAAAAAGAUGAUGAGAUGUAUGGGGACUUUGAGGAUUUGGAGACGGGGGAGACCCAUGCUGCAGGGGAGAGGGGAGGGAUGAAGGGGGAGGAGGAGGAGGAUACAGACCAGGACAGUGAGGGGGAGGACCAUGAUGGAGAGGUUAACAAUGAUGCAGAAGGUGAACCAAAGAAGAAAACAAAGAAGGAAAUGACAUCAGAGGAGCGUCGUGCUGACAAGAAGCGCAAGUUGAAGGAGAUGUUUGACUCUACAUAUGACAUGAAGGGGGACACAGAGUUCUAUGAUAAUUGGAAAGAGGAGAACGAGAAACAGGCUCAGAUGAACCGGUCAGUGUUUGAGGACAUGGAGGAUGAGCAGCGUGUGCAAUACGAGGGCUUCCGCGCCGGCAUGUAUGUCCGCGUGGAGAUACACAACGUGCCCUGCGAGUUUGUGACCAACUUUGAUCCCACCUUCCCUGUCAUAUUGGGAGGGCUUCUCAGUGUGGAAAAUAAUGUGGGAUAUGUACAGACCCGUUUCAAGAAGCACCGCUGGCACAAGAGGAUCCUGAAGACACAGAAUCCGUUGAUAUUCUCUCUAGGCUGGCGCCGGUUCCAGUCCAUGCCUCUCUACUCCAUACAGGACCACAACAUGAGGAACCGACUUCUUAAGUACACACCAGAGCACAUGCACUGCCAUGCCUCAUUCUGGGGGCCCAUUACUCCACAAGGAACAGGGUUACUAGCAGUUGAAAAUGUAGCUCAAGUCACAGCUGAUUUCCGCAUAGCGGGGACUGGUGUGGUUCAGGAGCUGGACAAGUCCAUGCAGAUCGUGAAGAAACUGAAGCUGACUGGCACACCUCUGAAGAUCUACAACAAGACAGCCUUCAUACAGGGCAUGUUUAACUCUAGUCUGGAAGUGGCAAAAUUUGAAGGAGCCAGUGUCAGAACAGUCAGCGGAAUUCGAGGCCAGAUCAAGAAAGCUUCUAAAACCCCUGAAGGAUCUUACAGGGCGACAUUUGAAGACAAGAUUCUCCUCAGUGACAUAGUGUUCCUACGUAGCUGGUAUCCAGUGGAAGUGCCUCAGUUUUACAAUCCAGUAACCAGCCUGUUGUUGCCUGGCGACCAGAAACAAGCUUGGACAGGAAUGAAGACUGUAGGACAGCUACGAAGGGAGAGAGGUGCCAAGGCUGAAUUUUCACAGGACAGUGUGUACAAGGCCAUUGAGCGCAAGACAAGGAUCUACACACCGCUGGUGAUUCCUAAGCAACUGCAGAAACUGCUGCCCUUCAAGGACACGCCUCGGGUUGCCAUGGAGAAGAAGGAGACUGUACAGAGGGUUGCUGUCAUCCGGGAACCUCACGAGGCAAAGAUUUCAAAGAUGGUGCGCAAACUGAAGAGUAUUCACGAGCACAAGUGUCGUAUGGAGCAUCGGCAGAUGAGAGAUCGCGUAGCUGACCACCAGAAACAGCGCGCCAAAGUGGACGCUGUGCGCACGAAGAAACAGAAGGAACUCAAGAAAAACGUUUUCCGCAUGCUGGGAAAGAUGAACAAGCGAAACAGUCGCAACAUGAAGGAUUAAACGCUCUGUGUUGGUGAUUGAUAAAGAAAUGUGCGCAUGCAAACCAAAAUAAUUGUAUCUCUUUAUUCAAGACGGUUAAAAGAAUGUGCAUGGAAUAAAAAGUAAUUUCGGUUA